AUGUCUACAUCAUAUCAUCAUCAAGUAUCGUCCCGUCAUUAUCAAACAUCGUCUCGCCCCUAUGUAUCGCCACUAGUCCGGCUCGAGCGACGUAACCUUCGAUUUCAACCAAAGAAAGUUAAAUUGGAACAACAGUUAGCACAACAAUGUGCCCAGGGCGAACUAACACCACUUCGUCAACCGGUUGGAUUUGCAUGUCAUUUCAUUCAUCGUAAUACCAAUAUUCACACCAUCAACAAAUUAAUCGAUGCAGCACAAACGACAACACACUUUACCAUCGACACCGAAAAUGACAUAUU